CGGCCUACCUCAUGAGUCUGAAAAUAUUCCAGAUAGAGGAAUAUAGGAAUAUAGAGGAUAGGACAGAGACUGAACUCCUAAAAGAAAGUCAAUGCAAAUAGGGCUUAUAAUAGCCCUCCUACAGACUCCUCCUCCACCCCGAGUUGUCCUGGGAAACACUAACAACUGUAAAGUUCAGUCAGCCCUCCUGCUUCUGAACGGGGACGCUUUGGUGGAAGACCCACGCCGCCGUUCAUCCAUUUCUAUAGUUCAAACUUUUUUAAAAAGCCCCAAACACUUAGUCCAUCCACAGGGAGGAUUAUUAUGCGUCCAAAAACUGCCGCUUCUUCACACUGAGCUUCAUCUGCUUGAGAGUCCAGGGACAUGAAACUCAAUCCACAGCAAGCUCCAUUAUAUGGGCAGUGUGUUAUCACGGUGCAGCUCGCUGAUGAAGAGCUGGCUACGGAUGAGGGUGUGGACUACUUCCUGCUGUUUGCUGGCAGCACACAGAGGCACCUGACCAGCACCCUAAGGAGCAGUCAUGACACCUUGCAGGCAAUGUGUCCUGCUCAUGACUGUUGCGAGGUGGUGUUGGUCACCUUGUGUUCAGUAAGCCGAGGUGUCCCCGAAGUCCCUGAGGACCUAAAGCCCUGUCUGGGUGCCGUGGCUCCACUGGCUGAGCAUCGAUUCAGCUUUGUCCAGGAUUUGGCUUUUGACAUGGCCCAGUUCCUGGUGAGCACGGCGGGCCGAGCUGAUGGCCUCGAUGGGGCGCUGCUGCUGGAUGAGUGCCAGAUUCCCCUGCAGGAGUGUGAACGUCUGGAUGAGAGCCUUGCGUUGGCCCUCCACCACCUCGUGCUGCCUCCAGGUUGGAGCUUACUGGGGAACAAACUAACCAACAGCAAUGACCUGAAUCCUCAGGAGACUCUGCUGCAUUUCUCAGCACGGCGAGGUCUUGUUCGGGUUACGCACUUCUGGCUGCAGCAGCCUGGAGCAAGAGAAGCCCUGCGAUUGGCCAACAGACAAGGUCACACCCCCUCCGCCAUUGCAACCCUGCGAGGACACGAAUGCCUCCACGAGCUCCUCACAAAGGCUGAGACGGACGCAGAGCCCGACAAAGGGACUGAGACUCCCCAGCUGGCCUCUUCAGAGGCCCGGGUAGUGUGCCACCUCCCCAGGCUGAACACACACACUCUGACACUGAGCGUCCACCCCGGCCACGACCCUCCGACCCUUCAGAGGAGCGUGGAACAGCUGCUGCACUUGAUAUGCCAUCUCCAUGCCAAGGGAGUUUCUGUACUGGCGCUGCAGUUUGAUUCUCUGCACACAUCUGCUGAAUGUUGUGAUGGUGUAGAAACAGAGAUAACCUGUCUGGAGCGACUACAGCAGCCAGCUACAGCAUUUGAGUGCCUGGAUACAGCAACAGGAGGGAGCUGGGUAGAAAACUGCUCAGUGGAAAGCAGCAGUAGUGUUGAUUGUGGAUAUGAUGAGACUGGGAAUACAGAGAAAGGCUGGAGUUUAUCUGUGAGUACUCCAACAUCCAAAGUACGUUCACCGGAGCAUACCCUUGGACCCCCAGAGGACCGGGUGUGUCUCAGUUCAAACACUGGGAGAGAUUACUGGCAAGCGGAGGAGGAGGGAAGGGAGAAGCCUGUUGUUUCCACCCGGAGUUUGAGUUUGUGUGACAGGAGCGAAGGAGCACAGAGUGAGGCCGAAGGGGAAAGCCUCACUGUGGGAAUCCUACCACAAGCAGGCUGUGGUAAACAGGCAGAGGAAACUGAUAGAGGAGAGGCUGUGAUCUGGGAAGGACAGGAGGCCACAGGGGGAGAGGAAAGAUCAGAGCAGGAAGCAGAGGACAGCACGGCCAGAAGGAGAGAAGAGGAAACAAACUCUGAGUCAACAGAUCUAAGAACGCCCUCUGGAGACACGAAAGCGUCAGUCAUGGGCCAGUCCGUAUCGUCAGAAGGCUUGGAGCCAUUUGACACCUCUGAUUCUGAAAUGAAGGAAGGAGAGAAUGUGUGGAAAGAAGAGAUGAAACUUAGCCAGGAGCUCUGUGACGGACUCUCUUUAGAAGGGGAGAAGGCGGCAAGUGAAGGGUUAACAGACCCUGUAUCAACCCUACGGGACCUCCCCAACCCAUUGCUGAUAGACUGCGGUGAUGUAAUCAAGGAGCCUGAAUCUGCUGUUCCACAUCUCCUGAUAGAAGGCCUCCAUGAGGGGGAGCCUCCACCAGACAUAAACAACCUGGAACAAAACCAGGAAACAGCUGGUAGGGAUUACUCUACAGAGCAGCAGUGGGGCUUGGCGCCAGAAACUGGUCAUCAUUCUGGGAAUUGUACAGGAACAGCGAGCGGUGAAGACGUAGCUGAACCUUCUGGAUACAGUAUUGAAAGUACCAGUUUGCCAAUGGAUGAACCUGACAAUACAGCUGAUUGUCAAACUGCUGGAAACUCCAUGGAAGACAUACGGACUGAUCCGUCACCUGAGCCAUCACCUGAAUUGACGACCUGCUCGAACAAUAGACAAGAUGAUCUUGAUUCAGGGUUGAGUCGUGCCCUCUCCAGUGAUGAUGAUGGCAGUUUCCGAUCAGUCGGAAGCUCCACAACAGAAAUAUUCCACCUCACUCAGGAUAAUCCUAGUAUGGAGGAUCACGACUUGCUUCAAACCAAAAUCCUCAAGAUGGAGGAACCAAAUGAUUCAAAGCCUGGUGAAAGCGAUAAACACUCACUAACCGUGGACACAGGGCUCCCCUUGGAGCCGGUCACUGUCAGUGCACUGACAAUGCCAGAUUGCAGCCAGACUGGCACUGAGCCUGAGUCGCAACUGUCACCCAGCCUCCAGACAAUGGAAGCUUUGAACCCUGAGGGGACAGGAGAGAAACUCAGCCCAGAGCUUUCCAAAGAGGAUCUGUCAUUAGGUCCAGCGUUGUCCGAGAGCGGGGACGCUACAGCGGUGAAGGUCGAUGAAAGUGAAACUGGAGAGGCCAAUGAUUCUGAACUGAAUGCAGGGAUUGAGCAAUUGGCAUCAGAGGUCACCAGUAAGGUUUUGUUUGAACCCAGUCCUUCUGCUGCAAAAGAAAGUGAAGUGACUGGCCCAGUUGAAGGAGAAUAUCAGUCAACAGAGACCAGUGAUACAUCUGCAGUGGUCUCAGCUGAAAAGAGUGGCGAUGUGCAGUUGGUGCCACAGCAACCCAAACAGGAUAAUUCAGAGAUGACAGCAGCUGAGAAGUCACCUGAUGAGGGAUUAAGGCACUCAGAAAAUCAGAUCAAUGUAUCGUCAUCACAGAGGGUCACUCCACUUUCAGAUAGUGCAGAUGUCAAUGCCUUGGAAGUAGAACCACCUUCCCCAAACAAUCACUCUUCCAGUGAACCUCAUGUUGAGAACGAGAUUACUCUUGACGCAGAUGAUGGAGCCUCACAAAGCCACAACAGUGCAAUUCAAGAGGUGGAUGUCAUCAUGUCUGAAGAAACUGUAAUUGAUGCAGGGGGAGAAGAAAAUGGCUCAGCAGAGGAAACAGACUUCUCCACGAUUCACCGAGACACAGCGGCGUCGUUCCAUCAGCCCUGCAACACUCAGCACUCAGGAUCCUCACACUCGCCAGCAUCUCCCAGUUUGCCCAGUAGAACCAGCAGUGCCAACAGCUAUCCUUCCACAGCUCACAGAGACUCUGGCAGCGACAUAGAAAGCUUCCUAAACGCAGAGCCUGGAUAUGACAACGUCUUCAGAAAGAAUGAGGAACCAGUAACGGGAGGAGACAGUGCAAGCGAGGUUUCCGUGUCCUGUUCCUCCACAGACGACACCGCCAGUGUCGGUCCAUCCAGCUCCAGUCCCGAGGGCAGCCAGGGCCUGGAAUGCAGCUGGAGCCCAGAGGAGGGCGUCAAGACCGGGACUACUGCCACUGUAGGACUGGAAAGUGGUGGAGCAGGAGGAUGCGCAGGAGAAGCUGAAGAAGAGGCUAAAGACAGAGUAACAGAGGUGCCGCGGCGCUCCUGUCUCCUCCGGAACAGCAUCCGCUCCCUGUCACCUCUUCGCCGCCACAGCUGGGGUCCUGGAAAAAACAACGGGGGUGACGCAGAGAUGAACCAGAGGAGUUCCAUCCGUAGCCCUGGUGAGGGGAAGCGGACCUUUCACAGGAGAAGCUACAGCCUAGAGGGGCUCAGUGGGGGUCAGGAAGAGCUGAGGGGCCCCACCGCCCAGGGGCCCCAAAUCCUGGAGCCUUCAAGGAUGCCCCGACAUGACAGCGAUGACAGGGGCUCUCUGGUUUCUCUGACAGAGGAGCAGGAGGAGCUUGGGGAGCAUGGGAGACUACAUGACCUGAAAUCAAGGCGGUAUAGGCCUCUGCGAAACAGCUGUCCUCCCAUGACACUGCCCCUCACCAAGUCUGUAUCCAUGCUCGCCAUCAGCCAGAGAGACAUUGAUGGUAUGAGGUCGUUUUCCAGCGCCUCUGGAUCACUAGCAUACAGCAUAUCAGAGGAGGAGCCUGGCCCUCUGCGGAGCGACACUGAGGGAAAGAGCGUGACGAAAGUCAGCCGGACCUUCAGCUACCUCAAGAACAAGAUGUACAAAAAGACCAGGGAAAAGGAACGAGAGAAAAGGGAUAAAGAGAAGGAUGGCAAGGAGAAGGACAAGAAGGUGGUUAACGGUCAUGUAUUCACACCAGUCAGCCUCGGCCAGGCAGCCCAGUGCUCCCAGUGCAAUAAGACUUUCAACAACAAGGAGGCUUUCCAUUGCACACACUGUAAUGCUUCCGUCCACAAGGGCUGCAGGGACAGCCUGCCUCUUUGUGCUAAGGUGAACAUAAAGCAGCUUGCAGUACCAGAUGCAAGCUCCAUUCCUACAGUCACGAUGAGGAACAAAUCUGGUGGGACAAGGGAGCGCCCCUGGUCAGCCAUCUUGUCCCCUGAAGACCAUUCUUCCCUGAUGAUCCCAUCAUCACGGAGACACACCAGCAUCAUGCCUUUCCAUGGCAACAAUCUCUCGAAGAGUCUCUCCAUCAGCAACAUCGCUGGUCCGGUGUUUGACGAGAUACCCAUUAAAGGCCUGCGGUAUCUCUCCCAGUCUACUGACUCCCUCAACAGAACCAACCAGGUCACAGAGUCCAUGGAAUCACUUACUGAUGAAGGGACAGAGAUGAUGGACGGGCAGCUGAUGGGGGAGUUUGAGGCAGAGUCCAAGGACCUGGAAGCUGACUCGUGGAGCUUAGGUGUGGAGCAGCAGUACCUGCAGCAGCUGGACAAAGAGCUGGUGAAGAGGCAGGACGUCAUUUAUGAGUUGAUGCAGACUGAGAUGCAUCACAUCCGGACGUUGCGCAUCAUGUCAGAAGUCUACAGCAAGGGCCUGCAGAAGGAGGUGCAGCUGGAGCUACAGACGGUGGAGAAACUGUUUCCCGUUCUAGAUGACCUCUUGGAGCUCCACACGCAGCACAUCCUCCGCCUCCUGGAGAGGAAGAGGGAGAGCCAGUUGGAAGGGGGGAGCUUUGAGGGAGGCUUUAUCAUCAACAGGAUAGGAGACAUCCUGGUCAGCCAGUUCUCAGGAUACAACGGUGAAAGUAUGAAGAGGAUAUACGGAAAAUUCUGCAGCCGCCACAAUGAAGCCGUAAAUUUCUACAAGGACCUCCUGACCAGAGACAAACGCUUUAAGGCCUUUAUGAAAAAAAAGAUGAGUAGCAGCAUUGUGCGGAGGCUUGGUAUCCCAGAAUGCAUCUUGCUGGUGACCCAGAGGAUAACAAAGUACCCGGUGCUGAUUCAGAGAAUGCUGCAACACACUAAAGAAAGCGAGGAAGACUAUGAGGACCUGACGGAGGCUGUUCGGCUGGUGAAGGAGGUGAUCGCUGCGGUUGAUAGCAAGGUGAACGAGCACGAGAAAAGACGCCGUCUUAAGGAUUUUCAUAGCCGCAUGGACAGCAAGUCCAUCAUGAUGCUGAAGAAUGGUCAGAUUUUCGCCAGGGAGGAUCUUCUGAGGAGGAGGCUUAUCCAUGACGGAGUGCUGCAGCUGAAGAACAGCCAGGGAAGGCUAAAGGACAUCCAUGCUCUGCUACUAUCAGAUGUCUUCGUUUUCCUCCAAGAGAAAGACCAGAAAUAUGUCUUCGCCAUGUUGGACCAGCGCUCCACAGUCAUCUCCCUUCAGAAACUGAUUGUGAGGGAGGUCGCCAAUGAAGAGCGCGGCCUCUUCCUCAUCACUGCAGGCAUCGAGAAGCCAGAGAUGAUGGAAGUAUUGGCCAGCUCGAAGGAUGAACGCAACACCUGGAUGCAGCUCAUCCAGGAAGCCAUGCAGUCCAUGGAGAAGGAUGAGGAUGAAGGGAUUCCCAGUGAGACGGAAGAUGACAAGAGACAACUGGAGACUAAAGCCAAGGAAAUGAGAGAUCUGUUGAGGCAGAAGGAUACAGAGAUCAUGUCUCUGCUGGAGGAGAAGGUGCAGCUCUUCAGGGGGAUGUGGGAGGGCUUGAACCCAGGUGAGGAGGUCUGCCGGCAGGGCGAGCCUUUCUUCAGGUCAACCUGCAGCUUGGAGCUGCCCAGGGGGGCAUCCAUCAUGAAGAAUGCCCUGCAGGAAGUGGAGACGUUACAGGCGCUGGUCAAUGGCAGCCUGGGUGGGGCGAUGGCCAGCAUCCAAGAUGGAGGAGGCGCAGGGCCGGUGUGUUUGCCCCGUCGAGCCGAGACCUUCGGAGGCUUCGACAGUCACCAGAUGCACAGCAGUAAGAGUGGAGACAGAGAUGAGAGCGAGGAUACAGCAGGAGAUCUGCGCAGGACGGAGUCUGACAGUGUUUUAAAGAAGGGAGGAAACGCCAACCCGCUGCUGCUGCUGAAGAGGAACAGUGAGCAGGUUCUCCACAGCGUCUCCAAUCUGCACCUCCUGCUCAGCACUCUGCAGGCGGUGGUGGUUCAGCAGGACAGUUUCAUAGAGGAUCAGCGGCAGGCCCUGAGCGAGCGCUCCUCCUCCUGCACGUCUUUAUCGCGGCCGUCCUCAAGGCCCAGCUCACUGAUUGAACAGGAGAAGCAGCGCAGCCUGGAGAAGCAGCGGCAGGAGCUGGCAUCCCUGCAGAGACAGCAGACAGCUCAUGCUGAGGAGAAGAGGAGAAGGGAAAAGGAGUGGGAGCUGAGGGAACAGCAGCUGACUGAAAGGGAGGUUCUGGUGAAUGUACAGCAGGAGGAGGAGGUCUUGAAGCAACACAAGGAGCUGGAGGAGGAGAAGCAGGAGCUUCAGAGUAAGAAGGAGGAGUACCAGAAAGACCUGGAGAGGCUGAGAGACGCCCAGAGGAAACUGGAGAGGGACAGGGAGGCCGUGCAGCGGCAUUUAGAAAAAAUGGAGGAGCUUCGUCUAGCUGAGAGGGCCUCCUCGGAUGAAUCCCAGUUCCCCGGCAGCUCCCAGUCUCUGGAGUUGGACCCACUGGAGCUCUCCUCCUCCCUGCCGAGGCUGCAGCCCCAGCGGUCUAAGCCCAAAGGAAAAGGCCUCAAUCCCUUUACCUCAUCCUCCAUUAACCCCACCCUCAAGGGUAGUGAAGCCAACAAACAGAUGUCAAAGAGCCUGCUGCAGUUAACCAAGAACAAGAACAAAGAGGGGAAAGAGAAGGAGAAGAAAAAGAAGAAGGGAAAAGGAGGGAGCGCACAGACAGCAGACCCUCAGCACCUCCCAGAGCCUCCCCUGGAUGGAGAGAUCUUCUUCUGCUGAGGGAAGCGGCUCUACUCCUCCUCUUCCUUGUCACCUUCAACACAUCACAGCCAUUCUGACGCCCAGAGGAAUGUGUUACUGUAAAGUAGUAAUACAUUCAUCUACAUAUGUAAUAGUGCAGUGUACUACCAGGCUUUUUGGUACCUUUUGAAAUCCCCUUGAAAAGACUUUUAGUUAAUUUUCCAUAUCAUAAUGUAGAGAAAUUAAAAAUAUACAUAUUAUUUGUAUUUUUAGGUAAGAUACCUCUGCUUUUAGUUUCUGGAAAGUAAAAUAUUUUAGGGAUUCUGUUAUGAUGUGCAACUAGGCAAAGACACUUGCAGUACACACAAAUAGGCGACAUGGAAUAGCUGUACAUUUUGGAGUAUUCUUUCUCCAAAAACCCUGUUUCCCUUUUCAAAGACACCAUGGUUACAUGACAGUGGAUUCAUUUCUUCAUUUUGAAGAAUCAUACAUUCGUGAUAAAGUAUCAAAUUGAAAGCAUUUCACAGUAGACUGCCUCACAAGCUCUGCCAAGUAUGUCAAAGGCUUCACUGCCUUUCUGUUUCCAUGUUUGUCAUGGUCCCAACUAGCCCCAUUUUCAACAGUUCGUCGUGGCUUCAAGUUCCACACCAACAGGCUGUCGUGUUAAUUUACAGAAGCCUUUUCCAUGUGACUGAUCAGACACAUACAAGGACGCAGACAUACCUGAACUCCAUUUGGAAACAGAUAUGAAUGUCGACAAGCAGUGGAAACUCCUCACUGCUAAUCAUCUUCAUCAGCAAUUAAUAGACUUAAACCACAUAGGAAAAUCUGCCUAAACUAAGUGUCCUACAAAAAUGUGUUAAUCAAAAAAAGGACAUUGUUUUCAGUGUUUGCUCCGGUGUUUCAUUCCAGUGUGCUACUGUAAGAUCCACAUUGAAGAAAACUGUAGCCUAACAUUCCUUUACUUACAAGUUGAAAAGCAGAUGUGAUCACGUCCAGUUAUUUUACUUCCAGUUUGAAAGCAAAAUGAAACUGGUGCAUAAUAUUUAGCAAUCCUCAAUAACGACUUUACAGCACCAGUCUUUGUCCUUGAUUUUUAUUUGAAUUAUGGAUCUCCAUUUUGGAUUGAAAGGCUUCUAUUUUCCCAGAAUCCUUGGAUGAUAUUAGCUUGAUCCUCACUUUAUCUGCCUGUCAGUGGGCUUUUAUGCAGCUCUCAUCUUUCAUCUGAGCGCUGACGAGGGCGGCUUUCCUUCGUUUUUUAAUUGCAUGUAGCUCUGCAGGUAGCAUACUAAUGGUUUCUGUGUCUUAACGAGUUAAACUUUGUCUUUCAUUCUCCCUCUUUCAGUUCCGAUAGACACGGUAACACAGCACAAGGCUGAUGGUUUUAGGAAAUGGAGGCUGUUAAAAACAAAGCAGCUGGUUAGAGAAAAUGAGAAAGGACAUAAUUAAAAACACCAAACAAUGUCAUGUGUCCUUGUUUGGAUGUUUAAUGACUAACAGUCUCUGAUCAUUUCAAAUUAAUCAACACUUAUCAGUGUUGUUAAGCACUUUGGUCCUAACAUUUUUGUUUUUUGUUGUCAGUGUGAGAUAUCAAUCAAGAAGAUCUUUGUAUUCUGUGGGAUUUUUUAAUCGAGGGCACCGAUGCUCGUAAAAAGCAACAAUGAUCCAAAGCGAGAUAAUGUGUUAAAUUACAUAAAAGAUGCUGCGGUUCCAUUUUGUUAGUGUUUAAAGUUAAAAAAGGGGCUCAUAAUAUGUAGUGUUUCCAAGGUGACCUGUCUUAAUUUUUAAGCCUGUGUUUUAGCCCCACGGAGCCCAGAUUGUGGGCCACAACUACCUGCUGGACAGGUAGGAAGUAGUAAGUAAAAAAGGACCCUUUUCCAGUGAAUUACAGAGCAGCGCCACUGAACUGCUUUCUUGCUGCCUCUUUUGUCUCGUCUUUAAGUGCUUGUUUGUUAACUUGCUGUCUGUGUUGAGGAUUUGACUUCAUGUCCAGGCUGGUUUAUUAUAGUGUGUCUUCUAAGAGGCUUACACGGCCAGCCAAUUAGUUGCUUCAUGUCUUUUGUUUAUGGCUUUGGUGUAAUCCUGUAAAAGAAACGGAGAGGAAUGGGCUUUUUUUCCCCUCUGUCACUUUAGGUGUGUUUUGACCACUAGGGAGCACUGCACCUAUGACUAAAUGAGUUCCCUCCCUCACACAACAACAACAACCAGAAAGUAUGAAACAUUGUUUUUUUUUUUUAAAUUUCUUUUUCUCCCUGCUGUGAGAAAUUGACAUAUUUUUCUCAGCAGGUCAUUGCCGUACAGAGAUAAUGUGAUGAGCGUGGGCUCUCACACAUUGACAUUUUCCCAACGGCAUUUGUAAUUGACUGCAGAAGCAAAUAAGUUGUCAGAGGUUGUAAUUGGUUAUUCAGUGAAACCAGUCAGCAGCAGCUUUAAUAUGGAAAAAAGGAAGGUCUAACUGUUGGAGGGAGAGGGACCACAAACCUCUCUCUGUGAGGGACAAUCAGCAGACACACGUCAGGAAAAUGAACUCCCUCCCCGAUGAUGAUAGGCCGGUCCACGAGACGAGUGCAUCCAUCAGGUGAAGCCUGCGCAGCCUUAAAUCUUAAUGAUAAAAUGCACUAGAGUAGAACCCAGCAUCUUCUCAGGAGAGAGAGGAGAGCUUUUAUACCUCUGCUUUGAAACGAAGGAUACGUUUGUACUAUAAAAGUGGUACAGAAUUGUUUCAUUCCCCACAAUGUAAAAAAGGGCAAAGACAAAUGUGUAAAUAUGAUUUAUGUAUAAAACAAAUCAAGUGUAAAAAAUGGUUUUGUUCAUGAUUUAUUGCAACAUUUUGUAAGAAUGUUUUAUUUAUGUUUUAUUCUCACCCUUGGGGUGAUGUAAAGUCAUAUUUCUCUCAUAAUUAAAAAAAAUUAUAAUGGAAAUUUGGACUGUUUACUUCUUUGACAAAAUAGUUACAUGCUCCAUGAACACUUUAUCUGCUGAUUUAUUUGUCUGGUAUAUGUUUAAUUAGUAUUCUAAUAACACACAUCCUCACAAUAAACAAUUAAAUGUGCCUAAA